AUGUCGACCACGUCGCAGGCGCAGGACUUCCACCCCCACCACCUACAAGCCUCCCGUUUGUCCAUCUCUACGGGCUACGGUUCGUCGGAGAAAGUUCGUUGGUAUCACAUUCUUUCUUCUGUCAAUGUAGACGAGCACGAGCUUGGCGACGCCCGCUUGGAAGUUUAUAUCAGGAGCUUCUUGGCAGCCUUGGAAAGAAACUAUCACGGCGGGGAGAAGGAGCUGAAGGGCGAGCUGGGCCGCGACGCGGGGGAGAAGAAGCACAAUAGGUCAGAGGAGAAGCCAUUUGUGCUGACGUUCGAGCUGGUGUCUCAGUACUUUUGCAUGCCGAUCAAGCGGGCGGCGGAGGAGCUCAAUGUUGGGCUCACGAUCCUGAAGAAGCGGUGCCGGGAGAUCGGGAUCCCGCGGUGGCCGCACCGAAAGGUGAAGAGUCUGGAGACUCUCAUCAAGAAUGCUCAGGAGCUAGGGAAGCCUAUGAUUGAAGUGGAGAUGCUGCAGCGGAAGAAGAAGCUGAUCGAGGAGAGUCCUGGGCACAUUGAGCUGGAUGAGGCGACGAUGGUGCUGAGGCAGGCGUGCUUCAAGGAGAAGUUCAAGAGGAGAAGGCUCAUGGCAAUUGAGGGGUAAUGGGGAUGCAUCAAGGAUUCAAGAUGUAUAUGCUUCUUCCAUGGGCAUUCUGUUGGUGGGUGAAUCGCGGGGUAUUUUGCAGUUCUGAUCAGAGGAAUUUUGACUGAUCAAAUGUGUCAUCCGUAGUCUGACCAAGACAGAAAGUAGAAGUUUUUGCUGUAUAUUCUAUCACUUGUCCUCUGGCUAUCUUCUUACUGAUGGUUACAGUAGCUGUUUGUAGUUGGGACGUGCCAAAUGCGAAGUACAUCUUCAGAGACUACUUGUGCCAA